GAACGGACGACAUUGAGCAUGAGAUAAACACCAGAAAAAAUGAUUUGUUUUAUGGAUAGCAAGAUCAUAGUUUGGACGUUUCUUCAUUUUGCUACAAGUUCAAAAAUAGGUGUUUCUCCAGUUUCGUCCGAAAUAAUUCUUACAGCGUCUAGAGUCAUAUCGGCACACCAGCAAAAAUUCAUUGAAGUCACAUGUACAACUUUACAUGUUUCAACCGCUAACUUUAAAAUAUAUUACACGAGCAAUGGCUCCACAAAUUUGAAGUCUUGUAUCAAAGUAACAAGCUGUGUUAUUGGCCUCCACAGACUGUACGAUUUAAAACAGGCUUAUGAAUGUAAAGUAAUGAUGACGAUUGGCAACUUAAGCAAAACUACCAUAGCAGAAAAUCUCCUGCCAAGAACAGAAACAGAAAAAUCCACAUCAACUACCAUAGCAGAAACUCUCCUGCCAAGAACAGAAACAGAAAAAUCCACAUCAACUACCAUAGCAGACACUCUCCUGCCAAGAACAGAAACAGACAAAUCCACAUCGUCCGACGAGCUGCUAAGGGAGAACCUGAAAUGGAUCAUUGCUGGUGUGACAAUCAUUUGUGUUGCAGCUACCGUCUCAGUGGCAUAUGGGUGCGGACGAAUGGGAAAACGAUAUUAUGACAAAAUCCAGCGCGAGAACAGACGUCAAUGCACACGAAAAAGUUCAGCUUAUGACGUAGUCGAGCUUCCAGAAUUUCCAAAAACACGUCCUGAAAAGGUCCAGUCGGUAGUUACACCAAGGAUAGAUCAGAGGAGUUAAUCCAUUGAGAAAGGGAGGAAUUAAUGAUACUACAACUCUUUCAUGAAUAUGUGUUUCCCUUAAACAUCGCGAAAUACGUGAAGUAUUGUUAACGGCAUUGGUGGAGCAAACAGUCAAUUUCAGAAUUAGGGUUUGCCUGCUUUUUAGGAAAAGAAUGACACCACAGAACCAUACUUUGUUCGACGGCUUCAGUCAAUCAGAAGAUCUGUGUUUUCGUCCGCCUCUACGGCUUCGGGUUACAUGAACAUGAUGCUCCCACAAGACAUCUCCACUUCCAGAACUCGUUCCAAGAAAGACCAACACGAGGAAACAAGUUACGCUAUACCAGAUGUUACCCCGAGAAUCCCGACACCAUCACCUAUCCCGCGGAGGGAUAAAAAGCCAGUCGCACAUCAAACAUUGUCGCCAAGGACGACUAGGGUGAAGCCACCAUCGAUAUCAACACUGCCGUCACGUUUACAUAAAAUUCGGAACGCGUGUCAACGGAAACAACAUCAUGUAGGUUUAAACCAAAAUUACACCGAGUUGACAAAGUAUUUAGACCGGCACUCGCGAACGAAAGAGGUGAUUCACAGACUCAGACUGUAGAAAAUACAAAUCCGGAUGGUCGUUCGACAAACAGUGACAAUGCGAAUAACAGAGAAUCAGUGUGUGAAAUAUGGCAUCCUACGAAGCCUGGAUUCAAGAGUAGUUCGUUCGGACUCAAAGAGAUAUCGAAAACAUGGAUUUUGAUCAUGAUGAAUGAUGCAUGAAUUUCUUAAAAUCUGAUUUAUCGUUGCGUUAUACAACUAUUAAUGCCACUAUGGUGAUUGGUUUCGAUUUUGUUUACUAAAUUGCCAAUUAUUGUACGGAGUUGUUGCAAUACAUGGAAGUUAAAUGAUGAUUUCCUUUCAUUUAUCAUUAAGAUGACUAGUCACCUCUUUAUGUAGAAGAGCGGAUAUAAAUUAUUUCCCUUUUAUGCCAAUUGUACUUCGCUUACCAUAUAUGGUGUUUGAUAGAUUUUAAAAGGAAUCUGCCGAAAAUUAAUUUCACUGACACACGUGCAUGGACAACAAUUGGUUUCGGUUUCACAAUUAUGUUUCCUUUAAAUUAAUCAUCCAUGUUUCAUCAUGUUAUUGAUAUAAGUUAGUGUUGUCAUUAAAAUUUAAAUAAUUAAUUACCGAGUUUUAAUCAAAAAUGCGGACCUUCUUCUUUUUAGCCGUGUCUCUUUUCAGCUGCGUAACGCAAACCAGCGGUGGCGAAAUUUCGCCAAAGCUUACACCCUUGAACAGCUCACAUGACUGUCAGAAUUGUUUGUUUACUGAAUUGGGUGUUCCUUUUACAUUCAAAUGUAAUCUUGCAAAAGACACCCCUUUGACUGUCGUAGAAUUCAAGUUAGGAUCAAACAUUGGCUUUACAGGUCAAAGAGAAUCAACUGGCGUCUAUGUAUAUAGGUCAUACACGAUCCGGGAGGAAAUUCAUUUGUUAAAUGUAAGAUGUAUUGCAUC